AUGAAAUACCUAUUUCUGGCUCUUGUUUUGUUUGCGACAAGCUGUCUGACGGAGGAUAUCACCAAGAUUUCUGAAAGUCAAGUGCCAAAUGAGGAUACUGUAUCGAAAGAUGAAACCGAAUGGAGACUUGCUGCCAUUCAAAAAUUGUGGAAUGAGCGGAGAAAGAUGGGCCACACCCCGUUGACCAAAUUCAGCCCUCCUGGUUUUCCAAAUGCUGAUAUCUUCUUCAAAAAUGAGACUGCAACCACCACAAGAACUCUGAAACAUCGUUUCGCCUGGGCUCUAGUUUUAUGGGCGAUCACUGAAGGAAAAGUCACUUCAAAAACUUCCGCCGUCUACGACUCGACAUCUGGUAACACUGGAUCUGCGGAAGCAUACAUGUGCACUUUGGUCAAUGUUCCAUAUUAUGCAGUGGUGGCUGACAAUUUGGAAGAGGAAAAAGUGAAACAGAUUGAAAGUUUUGGUGGAAAAAUUAUCAAGGUCCCAGUUGCCCAACGCAACUUGAAAGCCAAGGAAUUCGCCGCAAAAACCAAUGGAUUCUAUAUGAACCAAUUCGGAAAUGCUGAGAAGGCUGAAGAAUUUCACGAGAGUGGUGACUUCUACUUUGAGUCCACCAACGUCUACCACGAGAUCAUCGUUCAACUCAAGAAGGACAAAUCCCAAACUGUCAAAAUCCCAGAUUACUUUGUUCACUCUGCUGGAACAGGUGGUACAAUCUCAAGUGUUGGUAGAUAUAUUGCUAGAUAUGGUGCACCUACAAAAGUGAUUCUUUCGGAUUCUCAAUACUCGUUGUUCUAUGAUUAUGUGAUUGGAAAUAAGUUCACAAAUCAAUCUGGAGCAGGUAUCUGGACACCACCAGGAAUUGCUGGAAUUGGAUAUGGAUAUGAUAUUGAGCCAGUAUUGUACGGAGAGACUACUAGUUUGACAAGAAAUGUGAUCCACGAGUCAAUGAAAAUGCCUGAUAUUGCAUCGGUUGCCGCAAUGAGAAUCCUUGAUGAGAAGGGCUAUAAUGUUGGUCCGUCGACAUCACUCAACUUCCUGGUUUCACUCUACAAAGCCUAUCAGAACAAAGCAAAGCAAUCUGCUAUCAAACAUCGUCUCACUAUCGUCACUUUGGCCUGUGAUCCUGGAGAUUUCUACCGUAGUACCUAUUUGAAGGAUGAAUGGGUUGAGAAGAGUUUCAAGAAGUUUGGAGGUGUUCAAGGAAUGAAAUGCUGGAAGAAACUGAUUCAAGACUCAAUUGACACUGGAUCGGAUUUCGUUUCAAAGGGACUCACGAUGUGUCCAGGAAGCUACAAAGUCUAA